UGAACAAGUCAGUCAUGUGAUUUCCUUGUGCUCAAGCGGAGUCAGAAAAGCAUCGAAGAUUUUGUUUCAAGUAAGAAAAAUACAAUAAGACACCCUUGCCAUAAUUCAGUUCUCUAUUUUAGUAAUUGACGGUAUAAAAGAAAUUUCCACCAUGGCUGAUGACUUGAAGAGAUACUUGUACAAACAGCUACCAAGUGUUGAGGGUCUUCAUGCAAUUGUAGUGACAGACAGGGAUGGUGUCCCAGUUAUCAAAGUGGCAAAUGAUAACGCACCAGAAUAUGCGCUACGGCCAGGCUUCCUCUCCACCUUUGCAUUGGCCACCGACCAGGGCAGUAAGCUAGGGCUCUCAAAAAACAAGAGCAUCAUCUGCUACUAUAACACAUACCAGAUUGUGCAGUUUAACCGGCUGCCGUUGGUGAUCAGUUUCAUCGCAAGCAGCACUGCUAACACAGGUUUGAUCAUCAAUCUGGAAAAGGAGCUCGUACCGCUAAUUGAAGAGCUACGGCAGGUAGUGGAGGUUGCUUAGGAGUGUCACCUUGACGACAAAAGGACUGUUCUAUGACAGAAUCACAAGUUUCCUUUUUCAUGAUCACGCAUGUACAAGCACCCUCACACAAGGAUGGCUCCUUUGUAGAAAGACUGAUACAUGUUUGAUAGUGUCUUGAUGCUGUAUUCUUUGUCCUUCAGGUUCUAAUACUUUAAUGUUACCCCUUCCUUGCUUGUGCUUUUUGUAAUUAAUCUGACUCAUGUAGACAUUUUCUUAAAAUAAAUAUUAACAGAAGUCACCCUCA